AUGUCGUCUCGUUCGCCAGCAUUACUACAAUCAAAUUUACAAAAUCGAUCAGAUAUAUAUUCAACUACAACUAUAGUUCAAGAAUUAAUGUUUAAUCUAACACUAACAACUGUAUCAUCAGAUAUUAAUGAUAAUCCUCCAUUCGAUUAUGUCGAUAAUAAUAGUUCACUUGAUCGCUAUAGACUACUUUAUCGUAAUUAUCAUGGUUUUAUAUCGAGUGCUGUAUGUAUAUUCGGUUUAACAUGUAAUUUAUUUAAUAUUAUUGUUUUAACUCGUCCAUUGAUGCGUUCAUCAACAAAUACUAUAUUAACAUCAUUAGCUUUAUCAGAUUUACUUAAAAUGUUAUUUGUUUUACCAGCAGCUAUUCUUUUUUAUUGUCUACCAAAAAAAGAAUCUAAAAGUACUCCUGAUGAAAAAUCAUAUUUUCAAUUUAAAUUUUAUAUGAUACAAAUAUUAUGUACAUUAACAUUACAUUGUAUCAGUACAUGGUUAACUGUAUAUCUUGCUGCUUUUCGUUACGUAUUUCUCAGUUGUAAAACUUUAACUGCUUAUGUAUCAUCACCAGAUCGUGCCUUUAUUGGUGUUAUUAUUGUUGCUAUAUUAACAACAAUUCUUUGUAUUCCAUCUUAUAUGGAAUAUCACAUUGUUCAAGACUAUAAUGCUACUAAUUCAACAUCAAAUUAUUCCACACCAGCCACUUAUCAUUUUGAAGAAACACAAUUUAGUCAAUCAGUAUCAUUACGUGCCACUGUAUUUGUAUUACAUGGUGUUAUAUUUAAAUUAGUUCCAUGUAUAUUUAUACUUUUAUUUAGUUUCUUAUUAAUACAGCAAUUACGUAAUGCAUUAGAAAAAUCCCAACUAUUAGAAAGACAUUCACUAACAAAAACAAUUAAAUCCAAAAGUCAUAGACGUUUACGUAGUCGAAAACGUGAAAAAGAAAAUCGUCGUACAACAUUAAUGUUAGUUAUUGUUUGUGCUUUAUUUCUUAUUACAGAAUUACCACAAGGUGCAAUGCUAUUAUUAACAUUAUUAUCAAAAAAUAAUGCAAAUUAUUAUUUUCAAAUUUAUCAAUAUCUCGGUGAUACAUUUGAUAUAUUAGCUUUAAUAAAUAAUUCAGUUAAUUUUAUUCUUUAUUGUUUAAUGUCACAAGCAUUUCGUGACACAUUUAAGCAAACAUUUUGUUUCUGUCAAAAACUUGAACUUCAUCAAUCGGCAAUAGCAUUUUCAAAAUUUACAAUAAGAAAACGUGGUCAAAAGACUUUAAAUCAAUCUGUAACAUUUGAAAUUAUUUCAACAUAUAAAAGUUCUCAAAAUGGUCGAAUACAUUUAACACCAAUUGUAAAAUCUUUUUCUGAUAAUCAAAGUAGAAAACAGAAACGAUCUUCAAAUUCCAUAGAAUUUUUUAAUCAUACUAAAUCAGCUUCGUUGUAA